GGAACUGUUGACAUUCAGAGACAUGGCCAUUGAUUUCUCUCUGGAGGAAUGGGAAGACCUGGACUCUGCUCAGCAGAAUUUGUGUAGGGAUGUGAUGUUAGAGACCUAUGGAAAUCUGGUCUCCCUGGGUCUUGCUGACUCUAAGCCAUACAUGAUCACCUGUCUGGAGCAAAGCAGAGAGCCUUGGAAUGUAAAGAAACAAGACUCAGUAGUAAUCCAUCCAGCUGUUCAUAACGGAGAGAAGCCAUUCAAAUGUGAAGAAUGUGGCAAAUCCUUUAAGUGUUGUUCACACCUUACUUGACAUCAAAAAAUUCAUAGUGGAGAGAAGCCAUACAAAUGUGAAGAAUGUGGCAAAGCAUUUAAUUGUUGUUCACACCUUACUCGACAUCUGAGAAUUCAUACUGGGGAGAAACCCUACAGUUGUGAAGAGUGUGGCAAAGCCUUUAGACAUGGUUCAAAUCUUACUCAGCAUCAGAGAAUUCACACAGGUGAGAAGCCGUACAAAUGUAAAGAGUGUGGCAGAACCUUUACCCACUGCUCAACUCUCAAUCAACACCAGAGAAUUCAUAGUAGAGAGAACACUUACAUAUGUGAAGAAUGUGGUAGAGCCUUUAAUACAUUCUCAAGCCUUUCUAUACAUCAUAGAAUUCAUACUGGAGAAAAACCUUACAAGUGCCAGGAUUGUGGCAAAGCCUUUAACUUUCGAUCUGACCUUAAUAGACAUCUCAGAAAUCAUAAUAGAGAGAAAGUACACAAAUGUAAAGAUUUUGGCAAAACCUUUAGUAACUGUCCAAAUCUUACAAAGCACCAGAGAAUGCAACUGGGUGAGAAGCCCUACAAAUGUAAAGAGUGUGGAAAAGUUUUUAAAUAUUUUUCACACCUUACUCGGCACCACAGAGUCCACAGUGGAGAAAAACCAUACAAAUGUAAAGAAUGUGGCAAAGCCUUUAAUGAAAAGUCGAAGCUUUUUCAACACCAGAGAAUUCACACAGGUGAGAACCCUUACAAAUGUGUGCAUUGUGGUAAAGGGUUUAAUAAUUGUUCAAGCCUUACUCAGCACCAGAGAAUUCAUACUGGAGAGAAGCCCUACAAAUGUAAAGAACGUGGCAAAGCCUUUAACAGUUGUUCUCAUCUUACUCGACAUAAGAAAAUUCAUGAAAGGGAGAAACUUUGCUAAUGAAAGAGUAUGAGUCUUUAUGUGUGGCUCAAACCUUACUCAACACUAGAUGGUACAUACUGCAUGGAAUACUUACAAAUGUAAAGAUUUUGGGAAAGACUAGUAACUGCACAAACCUUACUCAACAGAAACUGGAGGGUUCUCUUAACUGGAGAGAAUCCUAGAAAUUAAACAAUGUAGCAAGGCCUUUAGUAGGAAUUCAGUCCUUACUCAGCAUAAUACACUUUAAAUUUUAGAAACAGUAUAUAUGCUGUGAAUUUGGAAAACUACAAAAAAUAUGCAAUUCAGAACCUAAAAAUAUUUUAGUAAGAAAAAACUUUUACAAAUGUAUAGAUAUCAGCAGAACUUGUAUGUAUGGUUAUAAUAUAUGUAAGAUGAUUGUCACUGGAGAGAAAUUGUAAAUAUAGGAAAUAUUGCAUAAACUAAUUUGCCCAGAAUUUACUAGACAUCAUUAGUUGAUGUAGUAGGGAUAAAUUCUCAUCAUUGUCAGAAAAUAAUGUAGGUAAUACUUCCCUGAAGGGUUAUAAAUUUAAAUGAAUUCAUGGUUUUUAAAUUGCUUCACUUUUGAAAACUAGAUGAAGAGCAACUCUCAAAUAGAUAAUUGUAUUAGUGGAAUAUGACUGCUUCUUACAAGUUUUAAACUUUUUCCUAAAGAAUAUAGAGUAGAUCUUAAAAAUAUUCUCAUAAUUUUAUUUAUUCAUUUAUUUGUGGUACUGGGGAUUGAACACAACUUUUGCAACCAACUAUAUCUGUGACUUGACUUGGAGGCAGGAUUUCACUAAAUUGCUAACUUGGCAAGGCUGUAAUUUUGAUCAUCUUGCCUCGGCUCCUGAGUUUAACAGGAUAAUAGCUGGGCUUAUUCCUGUAAGUUUUAUUUUUAUUUAUUUCUCAUACUUGUAAUUACUGGGAAACUAAUAGUUAAAGGGGUAUAAUAGUAAGCCUUAGUUUUUUUUUUUAAUCUGAAUUGCAGUUUAUAAAACUUUAUAAUUGUUUUCCACAUAUUACCUACAAAGCAUAGAAAAACUUUGGUAUUCAUUUACAUUAACUGAAAUGUAAAAACAUUACAAUCUGUUGGUAAGUUUUAUAUGUAAUACAACUAUAGAAAUUCUAAUUGUUGAUGUAAACUUGUAUGUUUGUCUAUUGAAAAGGGGAGUAUUAAUACAAAAAAUUAUUCCAAUUGUUAUUUUACUACAAAACCAAAAAUCUCACAUGUUAUGGAAAACCUGUGUUGUUUAUGCUGAGCUCACUUAUUUAAAAUGCUAUGUUAUAUUUGACAGUUACUUGUGCAAGAUGUAGUGUAGCUUACUUGGUGAAAUUUUGUCCCAUUUAGGAUUUUAAGUAUGAUUUUUAUAAUAUUUAAUGGUGUUCAGAAGUUAAUUUGAAAAUUAAAUUCUCAAUGAAUAUAUUAAGUUAAUUUUUAUUUGAUUGGCAUAACUCCACUUAUUCUAUCUCAAAAAGCAUAUUUUAACUCAUUUUUAAUGUACUUCUUUUGAUAAGUUACAUCGUAUAAUUUAAUGAAUACCAAGAUAAUUUGUUCCAGUGAAAACUGGGGGAUCUUAAUAAUUCAUGGAAUUAUUUCAACAUUUUCAUAGAAAAAAGGAACAGAACAGAAUAGGGAAUAUAAAGAUUCUCCACAAUUAGAAAAUUAUUAGUUAUUACGAGUUUAUUGAUUGGUCUAAGAGAAGGAAAUACCCAUUGUGAAUAAAUGGUAUUAAUUUUCUAUGUAAAAAGAAGACACUUAUUCCAGUGCUACACAAAUGAUACUUUGUGAAUUUAAGAUUAGGAUUUUUUUUUCUUUCCUAAUCAUAUCCAGAAUGUCAUUGAUUCUGAAUUCAUUUAUGUUGUCUUGGUAUAGUGUCCUCACUCCACAUGCAGAAUUCACAUUUCUUCACACCUGAUGCUUUUUCCUUGACAUGAAG